GCGGCAUGGGCAAUGAUCUUGAUGGUUGCGGUGGGUCUUGCAGUCGUGCAAGGCAAGUCGGCAGAGGAUCACAUGAUGGACGCGAUCAAGCAGCAUAAAGUUCAGAUCUUCUCCAAGAGCUAUUGUCCCUACUGCAAGAAUGCCAAGUCCGUCUUUGAGAAGAUGGGGGUCGAGUAUCAUGCCGACGAGCUCGACCAGAUGUCUAACGGAGCUGAGAUCCAAGCUGAGCUCGCGAAGCUCACGGGGCAGAGAACCGUCCCCAACAUCUUCAUCGACGGGAAGCAUCUCGGGGGAAACGACGACUGCGUGAGGGCUAAGGAAUCUGGCAAGCUGGCUACGUUGCUCAAGGAUGCAGGCGUGAAGUUUGAGUUGUGAUGCGAGUUCUCCUCACUUGCCCGUCAGUGACAUGAUCGUGUCUUGAGCGAGAAUAAAAGUUCUCCCUAC